AGUAAAAGACAGUAAGAAACUGAAAACCAAUUUCCUCAAACUUUCGUGGGAAUUUCCUUAUCUUCUUUCUUCAUAGUAUUUUUAUACCUGUCUGUGCCUCUGUUUACUGUGGAAAUUCACCCAGGUCUUGGUUUCACCUGUUUACUACUAUCACAAUGAGGUAUGAGAGAAACCAACGCAUCUUGGAAUCAACUGGUUUUUUGUGUUGUUUAUUUAUUAUUUGUUCCAUAGGAAAUCCCCUUCUUUUUUUCAUUGUAAAGGAAAAACAUAGUUUAACAUAUUUACUACCUGCUUAUUGAACUAAUUUCAGGCACUCUACUUCUAUCCAAUCAUUUCAUACUGGACGAGCUUGAGUUUCACAUUUCCAGUUUUGAUCUUCCUCGAACAACUCUUUGUUUUCUACUGCUUGUUGCGGAUAACUGUCACUGAGCCACAAGUCUGUUACUUUUAUUUAGCUCUUGCUUGGACUGCAAUAGCCUGUCUGAGACAUUACUUAUAAGAUGAAUUGGAUACGAGAUUGCCUAUCCAGCAACUCUUCUGUGGAUCAAAAGACCAGAACCCUGAGGGACAAAAUCAGCACUCUAAUAGCUAGAGAGUCUGAUGUUUGUACAGAGGUUGAGCAUGCAGAGAUUCAGCCUGGAAACAAGCGAAGAAGAGAGGUCGAUCACUGGCUGACAACUGUGCAAGCGAAAAUAGACGAGGUUCAAAGCAUACUAAAGGAUGGUCAAGAUCAAGGAUCUUCUUCCAACUCCAACUUUACUGGUCGCUUAGACAGAUUGAUUGCAGAAGUUGGCGAACUUAUGCAACAAGGUGAUAAGUUUCGAGAUCGACUUGUAUUAUUUGUUCCAGAGAGCACAAGAUUGGAAAUGUGGCUGGGUAAAAAACCAACAGGAACAAAUUUUCAACAUAAUUAUGAAAGAAUUCUAGAGUGGUUACAACACCAGGAAAACCACAUGAUCGGCGUGUAUGGAAUGGGGGGUGUUGGCAAAACUACACUCUUGAUGAAGAUACAUGAUGAACUGCUGACGAAUUCGAAACUUUAUGGGCGUGUUUACUGGGUAACUGUCUCACAAAAUUGGAGUGUGCACAAAUUGCAAGGAGACAUUGCCAAAGUACUUGGCUUGGGGAGUCUUGAGGAGGAUGAUAAAAGGAAGAGAGCGGCUAUAUUACACAAAAAAAUAGUUGCUAAUGGCCUGACUGUACUCAUCUUAGAUGACAUGUGGAAACAAUUUUCAGAAAAUGAUGUUGGAAUCCCCCUUGAAGGAAGUAGUUGCAAGACGAUUCUAACCACUCGCUCACUAGAAGUGUGUCGGAGAAUGGGAUGCAAAGACUUCGUCAUCAAGGCUGAAAUUCUCCAUGAAGUUGAGGCUUGGGACUUGUUUGUUGACAACCUUGGGCACUAUGACACACUUACAAUGGAAGCAAAAGAAAUAGCUAGAGAUGUUGCAAAGGAGUGUGGCGGUUUACCACUAGCAAUUACUACAAUGGCUUGCUGUAUGAGGGACAUAGUUGAUAUUCAUGAGUGGAAAAAUGCUUUGAAAGACCUGAAAGAUGUUCGUGGGCAAGUUGAUAUGGAAGAUGAUGUGUUGCGAGUAUUGCAAUACUCCUAUGACCGACUAAAUGACAAGUUGGUCCAGAACUGCUUCUUAAGCUGCAUUCUAUAUCCCGAAGAUAAGAAAAUAAAGAGAACAACAUUGAUAGAUCUUUGGAUUAAUGAAGGAUUGCUAGAUGAGAUGGAGAGCAUGGAAGAGCAAGUAAACAAAGGAUAUAGUGUUUUAAAUAAACUAGUAAACUGGUGUUUGUUGGAGUCAACCUUCGACUUGGAUGAGGAAGAGUGUGUGAAGAUGCAUGAUUUAAUAAGAGACAUGGCUAUUAUGAUAACAAAAGAAUCUCCACGCUUCAUGGCAAAAUCAGGACUAAUGUUUCGGGAUGUGCCAAAAGACGAGCAGUGGAGCAAGGAUCUCAAGAAGGUCUCGUUGAGUCAUAAUGAUAUAGAAGAUAUUCCAUGUGGCAUGACACCCGUGACCCCGCACCUCACAGUUCUGUUGUUUUGUCAUAAUUAUCAUCUUAGUAAAAUUCCAGAAUCAUUCUUUAUGCACAUGAGAUCCCUCACCGUUCUUGAUUUGUCUCACACCAAUAUCGAGAGUCUACCGGAGAGUGUUUCUAAUUUGGAAAAUCUAAGAGCGCUUCUACUUGAAGGAUGUGAGGCUCUUAGUAAAAUCCCAGAUUCAUUCUUUAUGCACAUAAGAUCCCUCACCGUUCUUGAUUUGUCUUACACCAAAAUCGAGAGUCUACCGGAGAGUGUUUCUAAUUUGGAAAAUCUAAGAGCACUUCUACUUCAAGAGUGUGGCGCUCUUAAAGAUUUACCUUCAGUAGCAAAGCUUACCAAACUGAGGAUUUUGAAGCUUCACAGAUUUGACGGGGAUAUAGAAGACAAUUAUAUGGAACCACCUAAGGGGAUUGAGAGCUUAAAUCUGAAGGUGCUAAGUUUUGGCGAAUGGGAAAUGUUUGAUGAUGUAAUUAGGUUUAAUAGAUUGAUAAAAUCUUGGCAGGGGUGUGAUGAGCUAUCUUGGAGGCGUUUGGAGCUUAAAGGAAAAGAUGCAGAUAAAUCAUUUUAUGACUAUUGUAUUUUUUAUGAUUUUCAUGUAAAUCCCCAGACUUUGCUGAUAGCUUCUGUUGAGUGCAAAGAGGAGCUGCCAAUAUUACCUAGCACAAUUAGACGGUUGGCGGUGUUUAAUAUUAAUGCAUUCGAGUAUCAAAGUCUGGGAAAUUUGUUGCCCUCAUUGGCUGGUACAAAAGAGUUAGAGAGUUUGUUGGUAGGAGAGUGCGAAGGAUUGGAGUACAUAUUAACAUCAGAAGUAGUUCCCUCUCUUGACAGCCUUGAGUAUUUAUGGGUGAACAGUAUGCCUGAUUUUAGAGGGUUAUCAAACUCACUUUCAGUUGUAGCCUUUUCCCAUAUUAAAAAGUUAGUUAUCCAGAAGUGUCCAAAGAUAAAGGUAUUAUUUCCAGGGAAGUUGCUACAACAAGACCAUGCUUUGUUUCCUUUGAUGGAAACACUCGAAGUGGUUGAGUGCAACGAGUUGGAGGAGAUAUUUGAAGGAGGUGGGAGGGAUAGUUAUUCAUGUUCAUCUUUAGAAAGUGAGAAAGUGAGAAUGCUUGAUUUAAAUGCUUCCAAUCCAAACCACAACUCCAUCCUUGUUGAUCUUCCUAAAUUAAGGGAGUUAAAUCUGUGGCAGCUACCGAAGUUGAGAAGAAUUUACAGACACCUGCAUCUCUGUACUUUGUUAGAAUACCUUACUGUAGGAGAGUGUGCAGAGAUAGAGCCAUCGGAACCCACCCUUAGUCUUCCCACGUUAAGGGAAUUACAUUUGCAGAAUUUACCAAAGUUUAGCAGCAUAUAUAUUGUGUCACUCAUGUGCACUUCUCUGCGUAAACUAGUAAUCAGUGAUUUAGCAUGUAUGAAGGUGGUGUUUCCAUGUAAGUUGGUAGAACAGGAGCAGUCUCUUCUUCCAAAUCUGGAGGAACUCCGUGUGUCCAACUGUGACGAGUUGGAAGAGAUAUUUGAAGGUGGUGGGAGGUAUAGUUCACGUUCCCAGAGUGAGAAAGUGACAAUGCUUGAUUUAAAUGCUUCCAAUCCAAACCCCAACCCAAUCCUUGUUCAUCUUCCUAAAUUAUAUGAACUAACUCUGUGGCAACUACCGAAGUUGAGAAGAAUUUACAGACACCUACAUCUCUGUCCUUCAUUGACACAGCUUCGUGUACAACAUUGUGCGGAGAUAGAGCAGAUAUUUGAAGCAUCCAAACCCACCCUUGCUAUACCUCAGUUAUGGAGAUUAAAAUUAGACAAUUUACCAAAGUUGAACAGCAUACAUAGAGGGUUACUUGUGUGCAAGCCUCUAUGUGCUUUCUCAAUACUCUCAAUAGACAAUUGUUGGAAGCUGAAGACGUUGUCGCUUUUGUCCGAGGGCCUAAUUUGCGACGCCUCACCAACUAGUUUGCUUUCCCUUCCCACGGAUUCUGAAGAUCCAGAAUUGUGGGACCUCUUACGUAGCAAAUACCGUAAAGAUGCAUGUUUUCUUUCUGAAGCAAUACAACGGGCAACGAAGCACCAGCUAAAGCGGAAAAGAAAAUGGGGAGCUUCGCUGUCACUUUCUCUCCUUUAGUAGGGCAUGCAGCAAUCAGUAUCUAUUACAACUAAACUAAUAAGCCCAACGUUGAUGUUAUGAUCGUCAUAAUUACGAGAAGGUCCAACACUGUUCUUAAGCUGCAUAUUAUUUCCUGAAGAUUGCCCCAUGGCGAGAGAAUUAAGAGAACUCUGGAUCAUGGAAGGGUUAUUUGAUGAG